AUGAAUCAUGGUUUGAUAAACAAUCCGAUUAAUGAUCAAAACGUAGCACGUUUUACUCAACAAAAUUCUUGUCCUAAUACACCUAAUAGUGCUUCAACGCCAAAAAGACAAAUUGAAAAUGAACAAUAUAAGAGUAACUUAAAUAAACGUCCAAAGGCAACGUUAAACCGUCAAUACCUUAGUAAUAAUAACCAAUAUAGUGUACCAUUUGCACAUUUAAAACGUGCAGACACCGUUCCCUGCUUUAUUAUACAAUUUGAUUCAAAUAUUUCACCAAGCGAAUUACCUUCAAGUGUAAUAGCUAGUGAUUUAAUUCAUGAAAAUCUUAUUCAAAAUGGUGUCAGAAUUAAUCCUUUUUCAGUUGCUGUAUUAACUGGAAAAUAUGAAUUAAAGUUAGGUGUUAAUAAUAAAGAAGAUUAUUCUACCUUAAUAUUAACGGGUAAAUUUAUUCGGUAUGUACCAAUCACUUUUAAUCUGGAGCAAGUUAAAGAGGAAAUAAAACGUUCUAUUAAAUCUACUGAUCACUUUAAUGAAAUUAUCUAUUCCUACGAACGGCCUACAAGGGAUUACCGUUUUACAGUAGCCGAUUUGAGAGAAUAUAACGUGACAUUACAGCUAGGUCGUAUUACAGUAGGUAACCGGUUACUACCUAUCACAACACACAAAGCAGCAAACAAAAUGACAUAUUGUACUAAAUGUUGGGGUUUGGGCCAUUUAAGAGAUGUAUGUACAAUACUAACUCAAAGAUGUCGAAUAUGUUUAGAAUUAAAUAAAGCUGUUAAUAUGGCAAUUUGUGAAGGUAAAUUACACCGUCGUGAAAAAUCACAACAACAGGAUCAACCGAUUACAUUUCGUUAUAACAGUAAUGAUUUCCCAGUAAUGACUACUGAUAAAAUCAAGUAUAAUCCAUGGAAUAUACAGAAUAAUAAUAGUGAUCAACAGAACAUAAUGAACUAUUUACAGCAAAUGAAUCAUGACAUUAAGCAAAAUUUUAAACAAAUUAACGAUAAAUUAAAUAUUCAACAGCAAGUGAUUGAAAUUAACACAACAAAUACUUAUUUGAAUAAAAUAGUGAUACAAUCUACUCUGUCAACGUUAUCCAAAAUGAUGAAUAAAGUGAUUAAACCCCUCAUUAGCCUAAUACAAGAGGAACGAGACAAAGAAAGUGUUUUAAUGGCUUUGGACGAUUAUGAUCAUGACUUACUCAAACAGCAUUGUUGCACCUAG